CUCAAUCACUUAAUGGGAUCAGAGUGAACUACAGGCCCCUGUGAGGGUGGGUAGCUGGCCUGAAUGUAGGAGGACAUUUGGCUUUGAAGAUCCAUGUCAUCUGGAGAGUUGCCAACAUGUGGUAACAUAGUAAUGCAUCCUUUGUGUUCAGGAGACAAGUCAACUUUUUGAGCACUAUCCCGGAUCAUUAAAGAUAAAGUCUCUUUGGCUUCAGCUUUCCUUCAUAUAUUCUCCUGCCAUAGAAGAUUUCUAAAGGCUAUGCUCUUCAGUCCCCUCUGAUGGAAUAAGGAAAAUUUCAAGAUUCAUGCCUUGCUGAAAGCAGAGAAGAUGUUAUGCUGGGGAUAUUGGUCUUUCGGAUUUCCUGGCUCAGAUAGUACUCUACAGGCGGUCAUCCCUGAACCUCGGACCACUGAUUUCGUUCAUGAGAGGAGUGUCAAGGAAGUGGCUUGUGGGAAAAACCACUCUGUGUUCUUGCUGGAAGAUGGGGAAGUGUACACCUGUGGUGUGAACACCAAAGGGCAACUUGGUCACGAGAGAGAAGGCGGCAAGCCAGAACAAAUCGAUGCUCUAGCUGACCAGCACAUUGUCCAUGUGGCCUGCGGUGAAUCUCAUAAUGUGGCUCUUAGUGACCAAGGCCAGCUUUUUUCCUGGGGCGCAGGAAGUGAUGGUCAGUUGGGCCUUACGACAAUGGAAGAUGCUGUAACAAUUCCAAGGUUAAUAAAAAAGCUGAAUCAAGAGAUGAUCCUACAGGUCUCAUGCGGCAACUGGCAUUGUCUAGCUCUAGCAGCUGAUGGACAGUUCUUCGCGUGGGGACAGAACAACUAUGGACAGCUUGGGCUGGGUAAAGAAUUCCCUUCGCAGAACACUCCUCAGCGUGUCAGAUCGCUUGAUGGGAUCCCUCUGUCUCAGGUGGCUGCAGGUGGAGCACACAGCUUUGCUCUGUCCCUCUCAGGAGCUGUCUUUGGCUGGGGGAAAAACACCUCCGGACAGCUGGGUUUGAGUGACGAGAAAGAUCGGGAAUGUCCUUGCCAUGUGAAACUUUUAAGGACUCAAAAAGUUGUCUACAUCAGCUGUGGAAAUGAACAUACUGCUGUCUUGACAAAAAGUGGAGGAGUGUUUACGUUUGGUGCAGGGUCAUGUGGGCAACUUGGUCAUGAUUCAUUGAACGAUGAAGUCAACCCUAGAAGAGUUUUGGAGCUGAUGGGCAGUGAGGUGUCCCAGGUCGCUUGUGGUAGACAGCACACUCUAGCCUUUGUGCCUUCUUCAGGAAUGAUCUAUGCAUUUGGCUGUGGAACUAAAGGCCAGCUGGGAAAUGGACAUAUCUGCAGUCUUAAAUGUCCUUCUCCAGUCAAAGGCCACUGGGCAGCUUAUGAUGAGCAGAUCUCUGGUAGAGUAGAGGCCUGCACGUAUUAUAUUGUUAAACAUAUAUUCUCUGGAGAAGACCAAUCAUUUGUAAUUUGCUCAGAAAAAGAGAAUUCUCUACCAGCUGAUGAUUUCCGGACCGUAAAUCAAAGUGACCACACCUGUUUGAUUAAUGACAACACAAUAGACAUGUGGAGGCAAAAGCUUUGUGAAAGAAAUAACUCUAAUUCAGUGAACAGCGAGGUGGUGCAGAUCUUAUCUUCAGCAGCUUGUUGGAACGGAAGCUUCCUUGAAAAGAAAAUAGAUGAACAUUUUAAAACGAGUCCCAAAAUUCCAGGGAUUGACUUGAAUUGCACCAGAGUGAUGUUUAAUAAGCUAAUGACAUCUCAGCAUUCUACACUGCGUGACCAGAUCUUGAAGAGCUUUGAAAGCUUUUUGAUCCCCCAGCUGCCUAGCUCCCCGCCAGAUGUUGAAGCCAUGAGAAUCUACCUGAUUCUUCCGGAAUUCCCACUCUUUCAAGACUCAAAAUAUUAUGUAACCUUAACGCUUCCUUUGGCAACGGCCAUACUGCGUCUGGACAAAAACCCCAGUAAAGUUUUAGAAAACUGGUGGUCUCAGGUAUGUCCAGAGUAUUUCUUGAGGUUAGUGGAUGUCUAUAAAGAUGCCGUGGUUUAUCUCUUGAAUGGAAAAAAAACACUGCAAAUCCCGGUCUUGUAUAGCAGUUACAUCACAGCUGCAUUAAAACUUCUGGAGAAAUUACAUAAAGUAAAUCAGAAAGCUAACCACAUAGAAUAUGACAAAUUUUAUAUCCCAGAGAUUUCUAAUCUGAUAGAUAUUCAAGAAGACUACCUAAUGUGGUUUUUGAAUCAAGCAAAAGUGAAAGCAAGACCAUCUAUCAUGCAGGAUUCUGUGACUCUCUGCUCUUAUCCUUUUAUCUUUGAUGCACAAGCGAAGACAAAGAUGUUGCAGACAGAUGCUAAACUGCAGAUGCAGGUGGCCAUUAGUGGAGCAAAUCUACAGAAUGUCUUUAUGUUUCUCACCCUGGAACCUCUUCUGGCCCGAAGCCCAUUCCUGGUCGUUCACGUUCGCAGGAGCAACUUGGUUGGCGAUGCUUUGAGGGAACUGAGCAUCCAUUCGGAUGUUGACUUGAAAAAGCCUUUGAAGGUGAUCUUUGAUGGUGAGGAAGCUGUGGAUGCUGGUGGUGUCACAAAGGAAUUCUUUCUCCUGCUUCUGAAAGAGCUCUUGAAUCCCAUCUAUGGAAUGUUCACCUGCUAUUCAGACUCCAAUCUACUCUGGUUCUCAGAUACUUGUUUUGUUGAGCACAAUUGGUUUCACCUAAUUGGCAUCGUCUGUGGUCUGGCUAUCUACAACUUCACCGUGGUGGACCUCCACUUUCCACUGGCUUUAUAUAAGAAGCUUCUGAAUGUGAAACCUGACCUGGAUGACCUGAAGGAGCUAUCUCCACUGGAAGGAAGGAGCCUCCAAGAGCUUUUAGAUUAUCCUGGAGAAGAUAUUGAGGAAACAUUCUGCCUCUACUUUACAAUCUGCAAAGAAAGUUAUGGCAUAGUGGAACAGAAAAAUCUUGUUCCUGAUGGAGACAAAAUACCUGUACAGAACAAUAAUAGACAGGAAUUUGUGGAUGCCUACGUGAAUUACGUCUUCAAUGUCUCCGUGCAUGAGUGGUACACUGCUUUCUCAAGUGGCUUCUUGAAGGUGUGUGGUGGGAAGGUGUUUGAACUCUUCCAGCCUACUGAGCUAAGGGCUAUGAUCGUGGGAAGUAGCAAAUACAACUGGAAGGAGCUGGAAGAGAGUGCAAGUUACAAGGGAGAUUAUUCAGCUACACACCCUACUGUACAAAUGUUCUGGGAAGCAUUUCACGAAUUCCCUUUAGAAAAGAAGAAGAAAUUUCUUUUGUUCCUGACUGGCAGCGACCGGAUCCCCAUCUACGGCAUGUCCAGUUUGCGCAUGGUCAUUCAGUCCACCUCCAGUGAUGAGCAGUACCUGCCGGUGGCCCACACCUGCUACAAUCUGCUUGAUUUGCCCAAGUACAGCAGUAAAGAAACUCUGAGCACACGACUUACUCAAGCCAUCGACCACUAUGAGGGCUUCAGCUUGGCCUGAGCACAAGCCACCCCCAACAGAGACCACUUGAAACAGAAAGAAAAACCUUGUCUUGUUCUUCCUUUUGUAGGGAAAUGGGACAAGUUGCUCAGGGAAGCCAAAGGGGGGGAAAAACAAAGGGGGGGGAGGGAGGUAUAUAGGAAAAAGGACACCGAAACAGGUCUGUCAAUCUUUCUUGAGGAUUUAAUGUUCAUAUUUUUGACCUGUCUCUUAAAACUUAUUUUAUGCUUCUUGGGCAAUUUUUGUUGGUUUAAAACAGCCUCCCUCCGCUUCUCUGAAGUCUGUGGAAUUACCUUUAUAUUUCUGAGGCCUCGCCGUCUUUUUCAAAAAUAAGAUUCUGCCUGCUGUGAAUUUCUUUUCCAUUCUCUGCCACUCUGAAUUUCUUUCCAUGUCCUUCUCCUUCAGCUUUGAACUUCCCUCUUUGCUCAUAGACCAGGUUUCUCAACUCCAGGGAUAAUUUCUUUAUGCCUUUGAAAGCACCAAGGUGAUUAUUGGAAGAGUGGUGAUGGGAAAUGGAAAGCUUAGUUUUUCUCCUUUACAGAAUUUCUCCAUUUCCUAUAGUCUGCAGAAAACGAUCUUCUUAACCUCCUGUUUGACCUCACAACUUUCUCUCUAAGAGCUGCCAGGCAGCAGAGAUCCUGCAGAAUGGGAUUACUUUACCUUUGUGUUAAUUGUUCAAAGGAGAAUUUAUGUGGUAUUUUUCAUUUCCCUCCAGAAAUGGGAAUUUCACAGCAUAGAUCAGUGGUGGUGAACCUUUUAGAGACUGAAUGCCCAAACUGCAACCCAAAACCCACUUAUGUAUCAUUGGGUGCUGGGUGGGCGUGGCCAAUUGGGUGGCUGUGGCCAAUUGGGUGGCC